AUGAGGUGGGAGAACCAGAGCAGUGUGUCUGAAUUCCUCCUCCUGGGGCUCCCCAUCCGGCCAGAGCAGCAGGGGGUGUUCUUUGCCCUGUUCCUGGGCAUGUACCUCACCACGGUGCUGGGGAACCUGCUCAUCAUCCUGCUCAUCAGGCUGGACUCUCGCCUCCACACCCCCAUGUACUUCUUCCUCAGCCACUUGGCCCUCACGGAUGUCUCCUUUUCGUCUGUCACUGUCCCAAAGAUGCUGAUGAACAUGAAAACUCGCCAUCAAUCAAUAACCUAUGCUGGAUGUAUUUCACAGGUAUAUUUCUUCAUAUUCUUUGCUUGUACUGAUAACUUCCUUCUGGCAGUGAUGGCAUAUGACAGGUAUGUGGCUAUCUGUCACCCUCUGCACUACACCAUCAAAAUGAAGCCUGAGCUUUGCAUCUUCUUAGUGACUGGAUGCUGGUUCUUCUCUUGUGUCCAUGGUUUGCUGCAUACCAUCCUUGUGAACCAGUUGUCCUUCUGUGCAGAGACUACCAUCCCUCACUUUUUUUGUGACCUUGCUGCUGUGCUCAAGUCGGCUUGCUCAGACACCUCUCUCAAUGAGUUAGUUAUUUUUACUGAGGGUGGUUUGCUCUUCAUCAUGCCAUUGUCUGCUAUCUUGGGUUCAUAUAUCUGCAUGCUGGCUACCAUUCUCAAAGUCCUCUCCAUCAAGAGAAUCUCCAAAGCCUUGUCCACCUGUGGCUCCCACCUCUUUGUGGUCUCUUUAUAUUAUGGGACAAUUGCAAGCAUUUACUUUUUCUCCUCAUCAGGCAAAUAUACAGGCAAAGACAUUGUUGCUUCUAUCAUGUACUUGAUAGUCACUCCCAUGCUGAACCCCUUCAUAUACAGUCUGAGGAAUAAAGACAUAAAAUGUGCUUUUGAUGACUUCGUCAGGGCCAAAGUCUUCUCUUGA